UCUUGGACAACGAGAGAGAAGCCAAGUUGAACAGUUGUCCAUUUAGGUGUGAUUGUGGUCGUUCUUCUACCCGGAGUUCAGAACCUGAAAGACAGAGAGACGAACAGUGGAGGACAGACGACAAACACUUCAACACAACCUUGCUUCAGAGAAGAGAACUUAAGAGACUUUUUGUGACGUUUCCAUUCCAGAGCCGUGACAUUGGACCAAGAGUGCUGACCAUGCAGGGCAUGCGUUUGUGUCUAGCCUUGGCUUUGCUGCUUCCCUGGUGCAUCCAGUGCCAGAGAAGGAGCUCUGCCAGUGCCGAUUUGGGCGAGGACACAGAGACGGACCUAGUGGCUGUUGACGUCCUAAACCACAGCGGUGUCCUGCGCACCCUGUUCCCCCCAGAGUACCACCCAACCCUCCGGCAAGUCAGAGCUCCACGCCCAGCGUCCCAGGUCCCCAAGAGAGCCCAGCAGGGGUCCCGCUUUGCUCUGUCUCUAGAUGUCCCCACCAGCAUCCUCAGUGUCCUCAUAGAUCUGGCCAAGAACCAAGACAUGAGAGCCAAGGCAGCAGCAAAUGCAGAAUUGAUGGCCCGCAUUGGCAAAAGAAAAUGA